AUGCUCGGACGUCUCAGCCACUACGCAUUCGAUGCGGUUCUUAUCUCUGCCUUCCUGGCUGGCGUGAAGCGCUCGACUGGAUUAACUCUCAACUCCGACAAAAUCACCGAUAACAAGGACUUCAAGAAGUGGAUCGAUAACUACCUGGGUGUUGGCGAGUGGGUGAUGGAUCAGUCUGUGGCUGUGUUGGGGUCCACGAGCUACUUCGAGCGCAAGCGGUAG